GCUCUCAAGCUUGCAUAUCCUGUGACUGAUCUAGUGACUCCAAGGCCUGGGGUCCUCUCCUCUCCAGGCCUAGGACACUGAGUUUCAACUUCUGUGGCCAUUCAUCCCCAGGCACAGAUGAGAGGGGACUCUGCAACCACCCUAGGUGUGGGUUUGAAAAAGCACCAAGCCGGGCCUCUGCUCUUGAUGGCUGUGGUGUUACAGAUCAUCCAAACGGGAAACAGCUCUCAGAGCGACCAAGACGGUGCCAGAGAAGUCCGCAAUAUCCUGCCUCCCAAGCUCCCGGGGAGGACACUGGACCGGACCGUGUGCAAUUCCAGUAAAGAGAAGGACAGCCAGGAGGGAUGGCGCUCAUGGGAUUCCCCUCCCCACGCCAGGACUUUUGGAGAGAGUGUGGUCCCUGGAUCCCGCUGCUGCCACAACGGAGGCACCUGUGUUCUGGGCAGUUUCUGCGUGUGCCCUGCGCACUUCACCGGCCGCUACUGCGAACACGACCAGAGGCGCAGAGACUGUGGCACCCUGGGGCAUGGAGCUUGGACUCUGCACAGCUGCCGCCUAUGCAGAUGCGUCUUCUCAGUCCUGUACUGCCUCCCACCUCAAACGUUGGGCCACUGUGACCUGAAAGGCUUCCUAUCUUCGGGCGCUGGUGGAGCAAGUACAAGGAGUGCUCUGAGGCUCCUCCUCCUGCUGCUCUGCCUCCUCCUGCAGGGUGUGGCUGGGGACCAUUGAGGCUCCUCCCGGGGCUGCAAGGAGUCACCCUUGAUUGCACAUGGCACAACAGCGUCCCUGCAGGAAAGCUGG